AUGGCCGACGUAGAGAUGAAGGACUCUACUGCGAGUGCCUCGUCCAAAGGCAAGGCGGUUGUCAAGGACUCCAGCGAUGGCAAGAAGAAGUUUGAGGUCAAAAAAUGGAACGCCGUGGCCCUCUGGGCUUGGGAUAUCGUGGUAGAUAACUGUGCCAUUUGCCGAAACCACAUUAUGGACUUGUGCAUCGAGUGUCAAGCCAACCAAGGCUCAUCAACGACGGAGGAGUGCACCGUCGCCUGGGGUAUCUGCAACCACGCAUUCCACUUCCACUGCAUCUCGCGAUGGCUGAAGACCCGCCAGGUCUGCCCACUUGACAACCGAGACUGGGAAUUCCAGAAAUACGGCCGGUAA